AUGGCCCGAAUGAACCGCCCCGCUCCAGUGGAGAUAACCUACAAAAACAUGAGAUUUCUUAUCACCCACAACCCCACCAAUGCAACAUUAAAUAAAUUCUUAGAGGAGCUUAAAAAGUAUGGCGUAACCACAGUUGUGAGAGUGUGUGAAGCUACUUAUGACACUGCUCUAGUUGAAAAAGAAGGCAUUCAGGUUCUGGACUGGCCUUUUGAUGAUGGUGCACCACCCUCUAACCAGAUUGUAGAUGAUUGGUUAAACCUUCUAAAAUCUAAAUUUCGUGAAGAACCUGGCUGCUGUAUUGCAGUUCAUUGUGUUGCUGGUCUUGGGAGAGCUCCAGUACUUGUUGCCCUUGCCCUUAUUGAAUGUGGGAUGAAAUAUGAAGAUGCAGUUCAGUUUAUAAGACAGAAACGUCGUGGAGCUUUUAAUAGUAAGCAGCUUCUCUACCUGGAGAAGUAUCGUCCUAAGAUGCGGCUACGUUUUAAAGAUUCCAAUGGUCAUCGGAACAACUGUUGCAUACAGUGAAAACUAAGAAUGAGAUGUAGACCUAAACAGAAUCCAAUUUCAGCAUCUAGUUAAUGAUUCGUCAAGUGAUGCUUUGGAACAUGCGUAGGUCACUGCCCUGGCAGCAGUGAAAGUGCUGUCAUGUAGAUUAAUAAUCAUGUAAUUGAGCUUGAAUUAUUUGCAUAUUUGUUUUUGUGCCUCCUUGCCCGUGACUGUCUAAUCCACACAUUGAAGAAAUAUCUCCAUUCCUGAAAACCUAUAUCAGUGAAGAGUACACAAUGCCAAAAUACACAGUACAGUUUAUUUUAUAGUGCAAUUCCUGUCGGCUAUAGAAACGGACUUUAAAAAAAUAAAAUAAAAUGGUUAACAGAUGAAUGUUGGCUGAAUAUUUGCUGGCUGCUCACUAUGUUUACAUCUUCUCCCACAAUGGCUGUAAACUCAAGUCCUACACACAUUUGGUGUGUAAAGGAUUUGUAUUUUCAUUUUUUUUCCUUUCAUACAUUGCCAAUAAUGCAGAUAAUGAGUAGGCCUCAUGCCAUACAUCUUGGUAAAUUCUCAACCUUUGUUAUAUAGAAGCACACCACAUUGUGAGACUCCAGACAAAGCCUUACUGUUUAAACUUAUGUCUCUACUUUGGGGUGCAGAGUGAUAUGGAGGACCCUUUAUAGUGUAACUUUUUUUUUCUUUUUUUUCUUGUAAAUUGUUGCCUUUUGUCUUGUGCAGGAAGUGUAGAAUAUGCCAUUUUCUUCCAUAGAUAAGUUUUAAAAUGUAAAUGCUUUAAUGUAGCUGGAGUCUUAAGAUAUCUGAAAGGUCAUUACCAUACAUUUGGACAGUUCUCCAAUAAUUGCUUUGUGGUUUAAGUUAAUUCCCUUCCUGAGAUUCAUUUGCAAGGGCAGGAUUCAAUGUAAUUUUGUAUGCCUUUUGAGCUGUGUAACUUAAUAUUUGGAUACUUGACUAUUUGUUUUAUUAUGUAAUUGAUUAAAAAGUGAUCUGUAUUAAUGUUAGCUCAACCAUAUAUUUAUACUGUAUUGGGAAUGUGUGGUGUUAGUACUGUGGGAGAAUAAGUUACCAGUGUUCACCAGCUUGUAAAAUGUAGUAUGAAAGCAUAAACCUCUAAAUAAAGAGAAAUAUCUGAUGCUU